AUGGCUAGUACAUCAAGUCCAGUCCAUCUGGACUAUUACUCAUUUCCACUUAUUGCUCUAAACUACACUACUAGGCAGAAGUUGUCUUUAUAUUUGAACCCUGAGGCAGUGACCGCUUUCAACUGGACCCACCUUGCAGAAGAAAUGGAUUAUAACUAUCUAGAGAUAAGGAAUUUUGAGAGAUUUCCUGAUCCAACCUCCUCGCUUCUGGAUGACUGGCAAAAAAAACAUUCAAAAGCAACUGUUGGGGAGCUGCUGAACCUGCUGCAGAAGAUUGAAAGGAAUGAUGUUCUCACAGAUCUCACUCCUUUAAUAGAUGGAGAUUGUCAGAAGUAUUUAAAAAAGACAGAUGAGUCAAGUAAGUCACCACCAGUGCAAGUUGAAACCGUGGACAGCAGUGGGGGACAGUAUAUCACCACACGUGAUGACCCUUCAGGUCAUCUGCCCGAGCAGUUUGAUGCAUUCAUCUGUUACUGUGCCCAGGAUAUAAGCUUCGUACAGGAAAUGAUCAGUCGACUGGAGCAGACAGAACAUAAUCUGAAGCUGUGUGUGUUUGAUAGAGAUGUCCUCCCUGGCACAUGUCUGUGGUCUAUAACAAGUGAACUUAUUGAAAAAAGGUGUAGAAAGAUGGUGGUGGUUAUAUCUGAUGAUUAUCUGGACAGCAAUGAGUGUGAUUUCCAGACAAAAUUUGCUCUCAGCCUUGGACCAGGUGCUACAGAAAGAAGACUAAUUCCAGUGAAAUACAAACCCAUGAAGAGACCAUUUCCCAGCAUCCUCCGGUUCAUUACAUUGUGUGAUAACACAAAUCCUCAUAUGCAAGGAUGGUUUUGGGACAGGCUCACCAAGGCUCUAAAGAAAUGA